AUGGCCGAGUCAGAAUACAGUUUAUGAACGGUUAGGUUCAGUGUCGGGAACACCGCGACAUAGUCCGUCACCGAUGCAUAAUUUACAUCAAUCUUUAGCACCACGAUCCUCUCUCGAGUAUGUCAAUACUUCAGUAAUGUCGAAUAGCAGAUGGUCUCAAAGUGAACGACAAUCAAUUGACUAUGGAGAUUUUCAUCGAAGAAAUGGAAGUAUUACAAAUAGUCAAAGUAGUCAAGGUGAUUGUAGCGUGAGGACAGUUCGAUUUCGAAAAAUUGGAGGUAGUUUGGGAGUUCGUGUAAUUGGAGGAAAUCAAGUUGGUAUCUUUGUAUCAGCUGUUCAAGAAGAUUCACCUGCUGCAAUACAUUCCAUCAAAUCGGGUGAUCGAAUUUUAUCCGUUAAUGAGAAAUCAAUGAUUGGUGUUACUCGAGAAGAGGCUGUUCGUCAUUUGUUAGCACUGCAAGAUGAUGUAACGAUUAAAGUGGAAUAUGCAGCAGCAGAUUUUGAAAGAAUCAGAAAUGGACCAUUGGGAGAUAAUUUUUAUAUAAGAACUCAUUUUGCCCAUCAGAAAUCGUCCAAUCAAUUGGAAUUAUCAUUUCAUAAUGGUGAUAUUUUUCAUAUCACUGAUACGCUUUUUGGUGGAACAGUUGGCUUUUGGCAAGCAACACGUGUAUAUUCUGCAGCUGAAAAUGGAAAUUACACUCAAAAUGAUAGCAAUAAAGGUGUCAUACCGAAUUCAGAAACAGCUGAAAAAUUAGCAAAAGCGGCACGUGCUGACACAAUGACAUUUGGUCGUUCGACUUUUUUCCGCCGAAAAUUGAAAGAGCGACGAACGAAAUCGUUAACAAAGAAUGUAGUGGAUGAUGUAACCUUUGAGAAUACCUGUGAUAUGGCUUUUCCUGCUUAUGAACGAGUUACACUGAGACAUCCACAGUUCCAGAGGCCUCUGGUACUUUUUGGCCCAUUAGCAGAUAUUGCUCGACAACGAUUGCUAGCCAAUUUUUCUCUUCGUUUUGCGGGUGUUAUCGAUGAAAGUAUCGUACGAUUAAGUGCAAUCGAUGCCGUUAUUGCUGCAAAUAAGCAUUGUGUAUUGGAUAUUAGUCCAGGAUCAGUGGAACGUUUGCAACUUGCACAGUAUGCACCAAUUGUUAUUUUCAUUGAUGUUGAAAGUCGAAGUAGAAUACGUGAACUUAGGAGUAAGGCUGGCGUUUCUGCUAUUUCAUCGAAAAAACUCGUUGAACAAGCACACAAAAUUAAGAAGCAUUAUUCAUAUCUUUUGACAGCAACAUUAGAUGCAACAAAAGAAGAUGGAUGGUUUGAAGCACUGUUACAGCUAAUUGCUCAUUUGCAAGAUCGUCGAGUAUGGAUGCCGGAAUUUCGACCACUUACCAAUUUAAAUGAUGUGAUAUUGCUACCCAUGCAUAGUUUUCAAAAUCAGAGUGAUUCUGAUGUUGAUUCACUGAAAGGGGAUUACUCAACCAAUGAAUAUUUCACAAGGUCACAGUUACAGCUGGAAAAUAACGAUUCUCUCAUGAAAUCAAACUUUGAUUCUCAGCUAACUAGCUGCUAUGAUGUACAAUAUCCACGAUCAAAUCGACCAAUUCAAUCACACCUAUCAAACUAUCCACCACCACCAUCACCAGCUAUUGUUUCUCCUCCACCAACUGCUGCUGCUGCUACCGCUGCUGGAAUGUUAGCAGCACCAAGAAGCAAUUUCUAUCACAAUAUUCAUCCUUGUGAGCCUUUAUCACAGUAUUCCUCACGUUUACAAUUUACGUGUGCAUCUUCUUCAUCUGUUAACCCAAUCGCACAACAAUCACUACUUCAUCAUAAUUAUCACUUUGAUAUGACACCUACAGCUAUAGUACCAUGGGCUACAUUACCUCGUCGACAUAACAAUUACGACAUGGAUAAACCUUUUCCAACAACAGAAAGCGAUUCAACUAAUUUCAUUGUUACCACUAACAAUUCUAAUCGUUCCAUCAUAGAUCAAUCACAAAUUUCACUAACAAAAUCUGAUCAAUCUCAGUUAACCCACGUGCAACAACAACAACAACAACAACAACAACAACAACAACAACAACAACAAUCACCCAUCACCACUCUUCAACGACAAAAACGUCAAGGAAACGUUAUACAACCGGGUUCAUCGCAUCUCAUACGAAGUCCUCAAAAGUUACCUGUUAAAAUAUCACCACCACGAUCACCUAUCAGUUUUUCGGAUUGUCAAACUGUAACAGCACGUGUUCUUGGUACCACAUCUUCGAUGACAUCAGCUAGUAAUAGUAGUACAACGAUUACAAAUGUCAUUGCAGACAUUAGCAACAAUCGUCGGGUCAAUCAUACUACUACUACUACUACUACCUCUACGAUUGCAAAUACCAACACAACGGUUGCUAUACCGAUGCAAGCAGACUUCACUGAUGUAAAACAGAUUUUAAUCGGAAAUGCUGAUGAUUAUCCAGUUAGUGGUACACGAGAAAUUAUGCGAAAUCGUUUUGAGAAUGUCGAGAAUUCAUCAUCAUAUGAUGCUAAUAAUGCCAUAAUUGGUAACCGAGAUAUAAUGACACAUUCGGCACGAACAGGAUUGUUUUAUGAUCAUUUAACAAAAGAUCGAUGGACAAGCAAUCAAACUGAGAAAAGGCAAAAUGUAUCAUCUCAGAUUUCACAGGAUAAUUCACUUUUCCGUACUCCGAAUGCUGCAACAUCAUCGUUGUUGGGUGAAAGUUCAAUGAUGAUAAGCGAGAAUAAUGAAACGAUGCAUAACAUCAAUGAUGACAGUUCAAUUUUGCGAUUGUCACAUGCAUCUCCAACAAAUGAUUUAAACGCUACAGCGGAUGAUUGUAUUCCUGAUGGAGAUAAUGGUACCACAAAGGAAACCGUUGCAAGUACCGAUUCGGAUCCUGCAGUUAUUGAGCAUGCGACAGGAAUGAUAGAUAUUCGCGGUGGAAUAUUGAAUUGUCCGAAGACCGGUGUUUCAUUGAUCAUUCCCGAAGGUGCAAUUAAUGAGGAUGUUCAACAAGAAAUUUACGUGAAAGUUUGUCGAGCAAGUGAUGCCGGAAAUCGACCACCACUUGAUGAAAGUCGGAGUGAAAGUUUAAUGAGUCCAUUGGUGAUGUGUGGUCCUCAGGAUUUGCAAUUCAAUGUCCCAGUUGAAUUACGAUUACCUCAUUCCAUGUCAAACAGUAGUGAGAAUUGGUCAUUAGCUUUAAAAUCUGGUACUGGACAGCAAUGGGAUCAGGUGGCAUUAGAUAAAAACACUUCAUCGGUGGUAACAGAACAUUUCGUUUCCAUUAAAAUCAAUCAUUUCUAA